AUGUCCAACAUAACAGACGUGGCAGCCAGGGAGAUCAAGGUGCUGGAGACGGCAGAAGAUAUCCAGGCAAGGAGAGAUGAAGUGUUGGGCCGCUAUGCAGCAUUCAAGGCUGCUUGUCGUGACCGCAAGCACAACCUUGAGGAUUCCCGCAGAUACCAGUACUUUAAACGUGAUGCAGAUGAGCUGGAGUCAUGGAUUCUGGAGAAGCUUCAGACUGCAUCUGAUGAGAGCUACAAGGACCCUACCAACCUACAGGCCAAAAUCCAGAAGCACCAAGCUUUCGAAGCUGAAGUUGCAGCUCAUGCCAAUGCCAUUGACACCUUGGAUGAAGUGGGCAAUGAAAUGAUCAGCGAUGGCCACUUUGCCUCUGAAAUUAUCCAGGACCGACUGGAAGAGCUGCAUCGCCUGUGGGCACUGCUACUUGCUAGAUUGGCUGAGAAGGGAACAAAACUGCAGCAGGCUCUGAAACUGGUCCAGUUCAUGAGGGAGUGCCGUGAGGUCAUGUUCUGGAUCAAUGACAAGGAUGCUUUUGUGACAUCAGAGGAGUUUGGAACAGACCUGGAGCAUGUGGAGGUCCUGCAAAAAAAAUUUGAUGAGUUCCAGAAGGAUCUUCAGAACCAUGAAGACAAGGUGGCAGAAGUCAAUAGCCUGGCAGAGCAGCUGAUUGCUGAUGAACAUCCUGAGGAAGAGACCAUUAAACAGAAACAACAGGAAGUAAAUGAAGCUUGGCAUCGUCUGCGCCAGUUGUCGUUGUUGAGACAGGAAAGAUUGUUUGGUGCUCACGAGAUACAGAGGUUUAACAGAGAUGCUGAUGAGACAAUCUCCUGGAUCCAGGAGAAAGACACAGUGUUGUCCACCGAUGACUAUGGUCGGGACCUGGCAAGUGUGCAGACUCUGCAGAGAAAGCACGAAGGGGUGGAGAGAGACCUAGCUGCCUUAGAAGAAAAGGUGAUUGCACUGACCACUGAGGCUGACCGUCUCAAGGAAAUCCACAGGGACCAGGCUCCCCAGAUACAGGACAAGCAGCAGGAGAUUGGAGAGAACUGGAAGAAACUUAAGGCUAAGGCGACCGAGCGCAAGAGAAGGCUGGACGAUUCCUACUACCUGCAGAGGUUCCUGGCUGAUUUCAGAGACCUAGUGUCCUGGGUCACUGACAUGAAGGCUGUUAUCUCGGCUGAUGAAUUGGCUAAAGAUGUGGCUGGAGCAGAGGCUCUUUUGGACAGGCAUAAUGAGCAUAAGGGAGAGAUUGAUGCUAGAGAGGACAGCUUCCAGAGCACAACUGAAGCAGGAACUAAGCUGGUGCAGUCUAACCACUUUGCAGCUGAUGAAGUCAAAGAAAAGCUGUCAGUACUGAGCCAUGAGAAGCACACUCUGCUGGAGUUAUGGGAAGAGAGGCGAGUUCUGUAUGAGCAGUGCAUGGACCUGCAGCUUUUCCUAAGGGACACUGAGCAGGCAGAUACCUGGAUGACCAAGCAAGAGGCUUUCCUGGUCAAUGAUGAUCUUGGGGACUCGCUGGAUAGUGUUGAGGCACUGCUGAAAAAGCACGGGGACUUUGAAAAGUCUCUUGCAGCACAGGAAGAGAAGAUCAAGGCUCUGGAUGACUUUGCAACCAAACUCAUUGACAGCGAGCAUUAUGCUUCUGAAGAUGUUGCAGCCAGGCGAGAUCAGCUUCUGCGCAGACGGGAUGCCUUGUAUGAGAAGUCAGCCGGCCGCCGCCACAUGCUGGAGCAGUCCUAUGAGUUCCAGAUCUUUGAGAGGGACUGUGAUGAGACCAAAGGCUGGAUCAAUGAGAAGCUGAAGACUGCCUCCGAUGAGAACUACCUGGAUCCAACUAAUCUACAGACAAAGCUACAGAAGCACCAGAAUUUUGAAGCUGAGGUGGUGGCUAACGAAAGUCGUAUUGAGAGUAUCCGAACCACGGGCAGGCAGCUCAUUGAGAAAGACCACUAUGCCAAGGGACCCAUUAGAGAACGAGUUGCUGAAAUUGAGAACCUGUGGGCAACCCUACAGUCACAAACUGAAAAGAAAGGCAACAAGCUGAAGGAAGCUGCUCACCAGCAGCAGUUCAAUCGUAGCGUGGAAGAUGUGGAGUCGUGGUUAACUGAAAUUGAGAACUCUCUUAUAUCAGAAGAUUAUGGAAAGGACUUGACCAAUGUCCAGAAUCUGCAGAAGAGGCAUGCUCUCAUUGAGGCAGAUGUUUUGGCACAUCAAGACCGAUUGGACCAGCUGCAGGCUCAGGCCACUCUCUUUCAGAAUGGUGACCAUUUCGACAAAGACAACAUCCGGGACAAACACCAGGAAGUGGUAGAAAGAUACAGGAAACUAAUGGCUCCAAUAACUCAGCGUAAACAGAAGCUAAACGAGGCUCUCACUCUUCAGCAGUUCCUGCGCGAUGUUGAGGAUGAGGAGGAUUGGAUCCGGGAGAAGGAACCGAUUGCUUCCUCCACCAAUAGAGGUGAGUGGCUAAACCCAGGGGCUCGUCUACCUAAAGACACGA